UUGAGGAGCCAUUGUCUGCCAGUGAGUUUUUUGAUCUACAUAGUUGGAUACAACAAGGUAUUCCUAAUAACCCUAUAAUAACUACUACUAUUAUUGCUAUUGUGUUAGGAUCUAUUUGGACAUUGUUCUUCUUAGAACAUUUGAAUCCAGAUAGACAGGAUGUCCCAUCUGGACAACAUCUGCCUCCACUAUCUAUUACAUCUUCAGCAUUAAUAGAAGGAGUUGUAACUCCAAAAGAUAUGAUAGCAAGAACAAGAAUCACU